UGGCAAAUAACUUUUUGCAAAUCGAAUUUUAUACAAUUUGUGAAUCGCAAUGUUAAAAUACUAGGUGGAAGAUUGCAUUCACUAAGUUAAUUUUUAUAAUUUUCCAUACAUUUGUCUGCAAUUUUUAUUUCCGCGCCGCGGUGUCUACCCAGCCAAAUUUACAGACAGAUGUAUGGAAAAUUUAGAAAAAUUAAGUGGGCGUCUUCUAACCAAGCUACAUUCUUGAAACUUGUUGAAUACAAUCUUCCACCUAGUAUUUUGGUACUAUUAUCUAGUAUUUUUCUUGGUGAAUACAAUCUUCCGCCUAUGGUGUGCACUUUACAUCGCUGAUGGUAUUAAAUUUAAACAUCGACGAGACUUGGAGGUGACGAACUUUGAGGUUCUCUGGUGUGCAAUAAAGAUUCAAAAUUCUCCUUAUCUCGUGGGCUGUGUGUACAGAGCUCCUGGCUCUUCUUGUCCUGAUUUCUUUGGCUAUCUAGAUGAUGUUUUAAAAUCAGAAUCACGGCGAGGAAAGCAGUUUAUUAUCACUAGAGAAAUCAGUUGUAACCUGCUUGAUAAAACUUCACUGCGGACAAUGAGGGCUGUAGAAUUUCAUGGAAGUCAUUGGACUCAGGCAAAUUAUUACCAAUCCUACGAGGAUCUCAUCUAGUUCUACAUCCUUGACCGACGUUAUUUUAACAUCCACUCCAAAUGUGUUUUCAAAAUCAGGAGCGCAGAAAAAUUUAAUAAGUGAUCGUAUUCCCAUUUAUGGGAUUAUUCCAAGUUUAAAGCAACAUCAAAAAUAUUAUGUUAUAACAACUCGAAGUCAGAGUGAUGGCUGUUACUCUGCUUUCGAAGAUGACAUCAAGAAUAUCCCAUGGGCUAAAAUUAAAGGAGAAUUGAGCAUCGAUAAGAAGGUCCAAACAUGGACUGAGUUCUUCAGUAAUGUUUUAAACAAGCAUUUUCCACUUAGGAAAAAGAGGAUCAGACAGAACACUUAUCUAUGGAUAUAAAGUUCCAGUCUAAAACUCAUGAGACGUCGUGAUCAUCUCCAUAAGAAAGCUCUUGAAUCAGGUGAUGAAGUUUCAUGGGAAUCAUACAGAUUACUUGGAUAUCAAAUAACCUACAUUCUAAGGAAAACUAAAAGGAAUUAUUUCACAAACAAAUUGGAGGAAAACAGAAACAACCCAAAAGGCUUCUGGAAAACCAUUCGGUAUGUUCUUCCAAGUAAGAAGAAAGCGUAUGGUAUCACUGAGAUUGUUACUGAAGACCAAGUGAUCACAGACCAGCAGCAGAUAUGUUAUGUUAUGAAUUCCCAUUUUAACAGUAUUGCUUCUUCUGUUUUGAUAAAAACAUACCCGGACAAAGAAAGAAGGUCUGAGCCUCUUGUUCCAUUGUUUGAUGCAGUGAAUGGCAGUGACUCAACCUUACAAUUUAGGUUGCUUUUAAAUAAUGAAGAAGUGUAUAAAGCACUAAUUGGUUUAAAUCCAACCAAGGCUACCGGGUCUGAUGGCAUACUAGCUAGAGCUAUUAAGCUUGCUGCAGGACAGAUAGCUCCGAGUGUUACAUAUCUAUUCAAUGAAUCUUUCAGACGAGGUGCUUUCCUUGAUUUAUGGAAAAUCGCCAAAGUUACAUCCCUAUCAAAAGCUAAGGACACAACCUCAUGUGACGCUUUCCGUCCAAUUUCUGUGCUUCCCUGCUUAUCUAAGGUUUUAGAGAAAUUUGCAAAUAGGCAGUUACAGGGUUUUGCUUAGGAGAAUAGUUUUCAUCUUGUGCUUCAGCAUUACUUGUUCUCAUUGAUGAUUGCAAAUGGACAAUAAAGGAAUAAAUUCAGCUGCAUUACUGGACCUUAAAAGAGUUCGACAUCAUAAAUCUCAGAACUCUUCUGUUGAAAUUGAAAAAUGCAGGGAUAAGUGGUACAGAUGGGUUAUGGAAGAGAGAGUUAUUUAAAGGAUCGGAAGGAAUACGUCAUGGUAAAUGGUAUUCAAUCUUAGACCCUCCCUAUAUACUAUGGAGUUCCGUAGGGGAGUGUGCUGGGACCAACCCCGUUUACUAAGCACUACAACGACAUAUCCAAAGCAAGUAAUAAUGGAUCCAUAAUAUUUUUUGCUGAUGAUACUGAAAUCCAUGCUUCACAUUUUGAUAUGGAUGAGGUUGUUCAUUUCUAAACGGUGAUCUGGUGAAAAUUCGUGAGUGGUUGGUUCACGAUGAUGUGGUCCCUCAUCGUGGCAAAUCAAAAACCAUGGAAAUUGGAACAAAAUAUGCGAUUGGUAAAGCUAGUGAACUUGAUGUUUUCCUACAAGAUCACAGAUUGAAAGGAGCUUCAUCCUAAAAGUACCUUAAAAUUUAUGUUGAUAGCACCUUAAAUUGGUCUAUUCAUGUUGAGUACAUCUGCAAAAGAAUUUAUCUGAAGCUGAAACUUUUGACUGAGAGGUUGACAAAUUUUCUUAGCUCAGAGGUACCUCUCAAGAUAUAUAAAGCUACUAUGCUCCCAAUAUUUGGUUAUGGAUGUGUUGUAUGGAUGGAUUGUCCAAAAAACUUCGUGGUAAACUUGACAGAUUACAGAACCAAGCCAUGAGGAUCAGCCUGCAGAGCAAUAGAAGAAGCUGCUGCCAAGAGCUACGUGACAAUCUAGGAGUUUUAACCUUAAAAAUUCGGAGACAUUAUUUACGCUUUCUCUUAGUUUUCAGGAUUAUCAAUGAUAUGAACUGUCCCAGCCAGUUAAAGGGUAAACUUACAAGAAGAGCAGAGAUGCACACAACAACUGUUAGAGAUACCAGCACUCUGAACAUUCCAAGAGUAAAAUCUACAGCUGGAGAAAAAAACAUUUGAGUUCUCGGCAGCAAAAGACUGGAACAGUCUACCCUGUUAACUCCGAGGCCUGUCCAAAUUAGAUUCUUUUUAAAUCAAAGCUAUA